UGAAGCCCUUCAUGUGCGACUUCUGUGGGAAAGGCUUCACCAGGAAGAAGAGUCUCCGGGAACACACCAGGGUGCACACGGGCGCGCGGCCCUACCCGUGCACCGCCUGCGGGAAGCGCUUCUCCACCACCAGCAACCUGCGGGUGCACCAGCGCUCGCACUCGGAUGAGCGGCCGUUCCCCUGCAGCGAGUGUGACAAGGCCUUCAAGUGCCGGAUGGGGCUGCUGCAGCACCGGGUGGUGCACUCGGGGGAGAAGCCCUUCAUGUGCCAGACCUGCGGACUCAGCUUCGGCCUCAAGUACAACUUCCAGAGACACCUGCGUCUGCACAGCGGGGAGAAGCCCCACAGGUGUGUUAAAUGUGGCGAGGGGUUCUCGGGGACCUGGGCUCUGAAGAAGCACAUGCUGGUCCACGGUGUGGAGAAGCCCUUCAUGUGCGACCUGUGUGGGAAGACCUUCUUCUACAACUGCCAGCUGCAGAAGCACCAGCGGCUGGUGCACGGCGCCGCGGACCGGCCGGCGGCAGCAGUCCGGCGGCGGAGGGCGUCCGGCGGGAAGCCUCUGAGCUGCGGCGUGUGUCUGAAGAGCUUCAGCAGCAGCAGCACGCUGCAGACGCAUCAGAAGAUCCACGCGGACCACCAGGAGUUCAGCUGCGAGCAGUGCGGGAAGACCUUCCACCUGCACCACCACUUCCUGCUUCACCUGCGCACGCACAGCGGCGAGCGGCCGUACGCCUGCACCGUCUGCAGCAAGGGCUUCCUGCAGGCCUCGCAGCUGAAGCAGCACGCGCUGCUGCACACCGGCGAGAAGCCGCACAAGUGUCCGACCUGCGGGAAACAGUUCCGCACGCCGCAGAACUACUACCGGCACCGGCUGGUGCAUACCGGCGAGAAGCCCUACGAGUGUCCUAUGUGCAGCAGGAAGUUCCGCCAGUCCAACCAGCUGAAGUCGCACAUGCAGAUCCACACGGGCGUGAAGCUGUACGCCUGCACGAGCUGCGGCGGCGGCUUCUCCGACUCGCGGCAGCUGAAGAAACAUCGCUGUGGAGACGAGAGCCCGAGAGACGCAAAGCCGACCAACGUCUUCCAGUGGAGCGAUGGCUUCACGCAACAGUAACACACAGGGUUAACCUAGCUUAGCAUAAAGACUGGAGACAGUGGAGCGAUGGCUUCACGCAGCAGUAACACACAGGGUUAACCUAGCCUAGCAUAAAGAC